AUGGCUACCUCCGAGAAGAAGAUUGGGGAAUCUAAAAAGCCAAAAUCCAUAAGGCGCAAUACAUACCUGAAUAAGAAGUUCAAGAAGAAGGAUAAAGAUCACGGCAUAUUCUGUUCUUGCUCUCUAUCUCCCGCCUCCUCUUCAACUCUAUGCGGCAGUGACUGCAGUUGUCGUAUUAUACUAUCAAGCUGUUCAUCUACUUGCGGGUGUAGAUGUGAGUGCACCAACAAGCCGUUCGAAAAAAGACGUAUCAAGAAGAUGAAACGAGUUCAGACAGAGAAAUGUGGAGAUGGGAUUGUAGCAGAUGAAGAUAUCAAUGCAGGAGAGUUUAUCAUCGAAUAUGUUGGGGAAGUUAUCAAUAAAAAGAUUUGUGAAGAGAGGCUUAGGGAGAUGAAUCAUAAGGAGGAGACAAACUUCUAUUUGUGUCAAGUAAACUCGAAUAUGGUGAUUGAUGCUACUUACAAGGGGAAUAAAUCAAGAUAUAUCAAUCACAGCUGCAAUCCUAAUGCAAAGAUGCAGAAAUGGGUAAAUGAUGGAGAGAUAAGAAUCGCCAUCUUUGCAACUCGUGACAUAAAAAAAGGAGACGACGUGACGUACGAUUACCAGUAA